GGGAGGGUCAGAGGAGAAAGAGAGUAGGAUGGAGAGAGGGAGAAGUGUUCAGAAAGCAUGACAGGAAGAAGGUGACAGAAGACAGAGAGAUGCAGAGGCCGGUGGUGGCUGGCCCGCUCCAGGAGGCUGAAGUGCGGGAUGUUCCUCCGGGGCGGAGGACAUCGAGGGGGUCCCGACGUACUCCGUUCGAUCCAUUUUGGAUUUGAGACGUCGGGCGAGGGGACUUCAGUACCUCGUGGACUGGGAGGGGUACGGUCCUGAGGAGAGACGCUGGGUUCCGGUGGAGGACGUGUUAGAUCCCUCCGUGCUGUGAGAAUUCCACUGUCUCCAUCCGGAUCGCCCUGCGCCUCGCCCUCCGGGGAGGGGGGUACUGUCACGACUUCUGCUGAAGUCGAUGCCUCUCCUUGUUCGGGUGGUGCUCGGCGGUCGACGUCACUGGUCUUCUAGCCAUCAUUGAUCAAUUUUUCAUUUUCCAUUGGUUUUGUCUUGUCUUCCUACACACCUUGUUUCAAUCCCAUUCAUUACAUGUUGUGUAUUUAACCCUCUGGUUCCCAUGUCUUUGUCAGAGAUUGUUUUAUGUUCAGUGUCGUGUUGUUUGUAUUUGGUGCGCGACGGGUCCUCAUACCCAAUUGGUUUCAUUUUGUACUUAUGGUUUUGUUUUAUUAAAUUACUCCAUUUUAACAAGUUUAAUUCUCCUGCGCCUGACUUCCCUGCCACCUAUAUACACGAAUUGUGACAUCCCCAUAUUAUUACUUACCCUCUUGCUCUUUUGCAGCCCAGUAUCUCUACUUGCACAUCAUCAUCUGCACAUCUAUCACUCCAGUAUUAAUGCUAAAUUGUAAUUAUUUUCGCCUCUAGGGCCUAUUUAUUGCCUUACCUCCCUACUCUUCUACAUUUGCACACACUGUACAUAGAUUUUUCUAUUUUUCUUUUUGUGUUGUUGACUGUACGUUUGUUUGUAACUCUGUUGUUUUUGCUCUGCUUUGCUUUAUCUUGGCCAGGUCGCAGUUGUAGAUGAGAACUUGUUCUCAACUGGCCUACCUGGUUAAAUAAAGGUGUCUUUGAUCAGCCAGUGUUCACCGGACAGACAGACACCAUGAGACUGCUCGCUCUGAUACUGCUGGUUGGAGCUGCUGUGGCAGUGCCCCGUGAGGAUGGUAAGAUCAUCGGUGGCCAGGAGUGUGAACCUCACUCCCGACCGUGGAUGGCCUCCCUCAACUACGGGUACCACUUCUGCGGAGCCGUGCUCAUCAAUGAGCAGUGGGUGCUCUCUGUCGCUCACUGCUGGUACAACCCCUACGCUAUGCAGAUCAUACUUGGAGAGCACAACCUGCGUGUGUUUGAGGGAACUGAGCAGCUCAUGAAGACUCAAAACAUCAUCUGGCAUCCCAGCUAUGACUACCAGACGCUGGACUAUGACAUGAUGCUGAUCAAGCUGUUCCACCCUGUGGAGAUCACUGAUUAUGUGAAGCCCAUCCCGCUGCCCACCAGCUGCCCAUACGCAGGCCUCCCCUGCUCCGUCUCUGGCUGGGGCAACAUCGCCACCGGAGAGGAGGUUAACAUGCCCGCCCGUCUGCAGUGUCUGGAUGUGCCCAUACUGGAGGAUGAGAAGUGUGAGAUGGCCUACCCUGGCAUGCUUACCCGCAGGAUGGUGUGUGCUGGAUAUAUGGACGGAGGCAGAGACGUAUGCAACGGGGACUCUGGCAGUGGUCUAGUGUGUUUGGGUGAGGUUCAUGGCCUGGUGUCCUGGGGUCAGGGCUGUGCCGUGCCCGGAUAUCCCGGAGUCUACGUCAAAGUGUGUGAGUUCCUCCCCUGGAUCGAUGAGACCAUGAAGGCCAACAUGUAACACCACUAGCUGCUUUCCUCCCUGUCUCUCAGACCUCCACUCCUCCAAACUCUUCCUCCCUGUCUCUCAGACCUCCACUCCUCCAAACUCUUCCUCCCUGUCUCUCAGACCUCCUCUCCUCCAAACUCUUCCCCUCUCUCUCUCGUUCUCCUCCUAGUUCAAUACUAAGGUGGAAUCAGCACAGAGUGUAAGCAUGUCAAACACAAUAAAGCCUGAAGUUACACUA